AUGGGUGUCUACCAGCAGAAGAUCUGGCUCAUCACCGGUACCUCGUCUGGCUUCGGAAAGCGUCUAGUAGCCUCAGUACUAGCACGAGGGGACCGCGUCAUUGCUACUGCACGCGACAUCCAGAAGCUCCGCGCAGUAUUUCCCUCGUCAAAUCCCAACCUACACCUAGCCGAGCUCGACAUAUCAGACAACACCAUGGUCAUCGCGCAGCGUAUCAAGGCCGCACUGGCCGUAUGGGGUCGCAUCGAUGUCAUCGUGAACAACGCGGGUUACGGUGUCAAGGCCAUCUUGGAAGAGGGAGGGGCCCUUGCCGCGCUUACCCAGUUCCAAACAAACCUCUUCGGCGUACUCAACGUUACGAACGCAGUCCUCCCACACAUGCGGGAACGCCGUUCCGGUACGGUUGUCAUCCUAGGUUCCCGCUCUGCAUGGCGCCCAGAGGCUUCGCCCGCAGGCCUCUAUGCUGCAUCGAAAGCUGCCGUACAAGCGAUCGGCGAAACCUACGCCACUGAGCUCCGGCCAUUCGGUGUCCGGGUGCUGAUUGUCGCUCCAGGCUCCUUCCGCACAGAAGGCGUGCACGCAUAUCCUGCGACGAUCAACACACGCAUCCCUGCAUACGAGGACGCACGGAAUACGGGCAUGGCCCGCUUCGCGGCCAUCGCGGGCAAAGAGCGAGGCGACCCCGCCAAGGCGAUGGAGCUCCUCGUCGAUGUCGUAAAGGGCGAGGGCCGCGCCAAGGGCCGUGAGUGGCCACUAUGGCUCGUGCUCGGGCGCGACGCGUACGCAGACAUCCGCGCAAAGACCGCGAAGCUCCUCAACACGAUGGACGCGUGGGAGGAUGUCGCGACAGACCUGGAGUUCGAUUGCGAGCCGAUGAACGCGUGA